ACCAACUGCAUCUGAUAUCCAUGAUAAAUUAUCAGGAUGGUAUAAUAUAUUAUAUUAUAAUGCUGCCGAAGAUAAUAAUAAAUUAGCAAUAUUAAAAGCAUUCCAGUCUGCAGAUGCAAUUAUCCCAACAUUAUCAACUGAAUUGCCAAUUUGUCCUAAAGAUAAACUUACAA